AUGGCGUCGCCGGGUGUCAGCCCCGACUCGUCUUCCCAUGAAGGCCUCUCCUCCAUCCACUCGGCUCCGGCCUGUUCUCCCACUUCCGACUCGGAAAACCUCAGUCCUGAUGAGCUGGAGCUGUUGGCAAAGCUGGAAGAGCAGAACCGGCUCCUGGAGGCCGACUCCAAGUCCAUGCGCUCCAUGAACGGCUCCCGAAGGAACAGCGGCUCCUCGCUGGUGUCCAGCUCCUCGGCCUCCUCCAACCUGAGCCACCUGGAGGAGGACACAUGGAUCCUGUGGGGCCGCAUCGUCAACGAAUGGGAUGAGUGGCGGAAGAAGAAGGAGAAGCUGCUGAAGGAGCUCAUCCGGAAAGGGAUCCCCCAUCACUUCCGAGCCAUCGUGUGGCAGCUGCUCUGCAGUGCCACCGACAUGCCCGUCAAGAACCAGUACUCGGAGCUGCUGAAGAUGUCCUCUCCUUGCGAGAAGCUCAUCCGGCGGGAUAUCGCCCGCACGUACCCGGAGCACGAGUUCUUCAAGGGCCAGGACAGCCUGGGCCAGGAGGUGCUCUUCAACGUCAUGAAGGCCUAUUCCCUGGUGGACCGGGAGGUGGGAUACUGCCAGGGCAGCGCCUUCAUCGUGGGACUGCUGCUCAUGCAGAUGCCCGAGGAAGAGGCCUUCUGCGUGUUCGUGAGGCUGAUGCAGGAAUAUCGCCUCCGGGAGCUCUUCAAGCCCAGCAUGGCCGAGCUGGGGCUCUGCAUCUACCAGUUCGAGUACCUGCUGCAGGAGCAACUGCCGGAGCUGAACGUCCACUUCCGCUCCCAGAGCUUCCUGACCUCCAUGUACGCCUCCUCCUGGUUCCUCACCCUCUUCCUCACCACCUUCCCCCUGCCCGUGGCCACGCGGGUCUUCGACAUCUUCAUGUACGAGGGGCUGGAGAUCGUCUUCCGCGUGGGAAUGGCGCUGCUGCACUUCAACCAAGCAGAGCUGGUCCAGCUCGACAUGGAGGGCAUGUCCCAGUACUUCCAGAAGGUGAUUCCACACCAGUUCGACAGUUGCCCGGACAAGCUCAUCCUUAGGGCCUUCCAGGUCAAGUACAACCCCAAGAAGAUGAAGAGGCUGGAGAAGGAAUAUGCCACCAUCAAGAACAAGGAGAUGGAGGAGCAGAUCGAGAUCAAG